AUGGCUUCCACAAGAAUGGGGAGUACAAAUGCAGUGUCCAUUGAUAUUGAUACUACACCAGCCAUUGGUGGUGUGAGUAGUGUAAAAACAAUAGACAGCCAGCAGGAGGGGUCGGGAAAGUAUAUCAUCACAAAUGAUGAGUUCAAGUUUAUUUCUGCGGGCAAUAGUGCAGAUAAUUAUGACAUCACAGGAUCAGUCAGUUCGAGUAUUACAGCUGCUCCAGGAGACGGAUUUAACAUUAGGAAAAGAGGCAUAACAUCUUCUAUGCUUGAAGCCAAAGGAUUUGGGUGGUUGCUAGAAGAGGAAGAUGUGGAGGAAGAAGACCAAAGACCUCUGCUAGAGGAACUUGACAUUGACUUGAAAGACAUUUACUACAAAUUGAGAUGUGUCCUCUUUCCUUUACCACAACUGGGUUUUAAUCGCCACAUCGUUCGAGAAAGUCCUGAUUUUUGGGGUCCGCUGCUUGUUAUCUUACUAUAUGCUAUUAUAUCACUGUAUGGACAAUUCAGAGUUGUUUCUUGGAUCUUGACAAUCUGGAUAUUUGGCUCUUUGAUGGUUUUUAUGCUCGCUAGAGUAUUAGGAGGCGAGGUGUCAUAUUCGCAGUGUCUGGGUGUGAUUGGCUACUCAGUGUUACCGCUGUUUGUUAUUGCUUGCAUUUUGCCUUUGGUUCGUUCGUUGCAUUAUCUUAGUAUGGCCAUCAAGUUUUUUGGCGUCCUAUGGGCAUCAUUCAGUGCUGGAUCUUUGUUGUGUGUUCAAGAAUUGCAGCAUAAAAAACCUCUACUUGUGUACCCAAUUUUUUUGUUGUAUGUAUAUUUUUUGUCAUUAUACACAGGUGCCUAA